AUGUUGAAGGCCGAUGUACGUAUUCGAUUACGCGAGUUCAUUUGUCUGAGAGAGGUCGAUCGCCACUGUCAACGUAGACUCUCAAGAAAUGUUGUGAACUCAAUCAAGGAAGCAGUGGACGAUUUCGAAGAACGGGGUUCUCUGUUUUUGGCUCCGUUUGAACUGCUUAGCUUAGUACAUUUUCCAUAA